AUGGCGCUGACCAUCCUGCGGGACUGGUGUGGCCUGAUGGCCGUGAACGCACAGCGUUCUCUGCUCAUCCUGGGCAUCCCAGAAGACUGUGAGGAGGAGGAAUUCCAGGAGGCGGUGGGGGCUGCACUGAGCCCCCUGGGCAGGUACCGAGUGCUGGGCAAGAUCUUCAGAAGGGAGCUCCGGUCUAGAGUGGCCUUGGUUGAGUUCACUGAGUAUUUAAACAGAAGUUUGAUCCCCCGACAAAUACCAGGCAGGGGGGGACCCUGGACUGUGGUCUUCCUGCCACAGGUUCCUGACGCUGACUCACAGGAUAGACCAGAUUUCCCUGCACAGCCCCCGAGGCCAGCAGUGGCGGGCAGGGCAGAUGGGGCAAGAGCUGCAGUUGAGGAAGGAGAUGCAGGCGAGGAAGGAGCUGCUGGUGAGGGAGAAACUGCAGGCGAGGAAGGAGCUGGAGGUGAUAAAGAAAUUGCAGGCGAGGAAGGAGCUGCAGGUGAUAAAGAAAUUGCAGGCGAGGAAGGAGCUGCAGGUGAGGAUGUAGCUGUAGGUGAGGAUAUACCUGCAGGUGAGGAUGUAGCUUCAGGUGAGGAUAUGGCUGUAUAUGAGGAUGCAGCUGUAGGUGAGGAUAUACUUGCAGGUGACGACAUGGAUGCACGUGAGGAUAUACCUGCAGGUGAGGAUGUGGCUAUAGAUGAGGAUAUACCUGCAGGUGAGCAUGUAGUUUCAUGUGCGGAAAUGGCUGCACGAGAGGAUGUAGCUGCAGGGGAGGCUAGACAUGCAGGUCAUGAUAUAGCUGUAGGUGAGGAUAUAGCUAUCGGUGAGCUAGGAGCUGAAGAUGAAGGGGCAGAAUCAGAUGAAGAAGGAGCUUCAGGUGACACAGGAAUUGCAGGCAUGGCAGGAUCUGUGAGUAUGGCAGGAGCCGCAGGUGAGGCAGGAUCUUCAGAUGAGGAAGCUGUAGGCAUGGCAGGAGCCCCAGGACAGGCAGGAGCCUGGAAUGAGCAAUGGAGGCAGGCCCUGCAGCCUCUGCUGGAAAAUAUGGCCUACCAGGAACUGAGAUCCUUUUCUGGCAUGGAAGAGCCAGGCCACGAGCAGGAGUCCUUCGAGAACUGGCUGGAUCACGCCAACGACAUGCUGUACCUGUGGCGCCACAUAUCAGAAAGGGAGCGGCGGCGGCGGCUGGUGGAGAGCCUGCAAGGGCCCGCGCUGGAUCUCGUGAGUAGACUCAUAGAUGAAAAUCCAGACAUUGCCGUGCAGGACUGCCUGGCCACACUGAUUCAGGUGUUCGGAAACAAGGACACUCGAACAACCGCGAGACUGAGAUUCAUGACUUGUGCCCAGCGGCCCCAGGAAACUCUCUUUGCCUACGUGAUGCGCCUGGAAGGCCUGCUGCAGGCAGCCAUGGAGAAGGGGGCUAUCCAACCCUCCACCGCAGACCAGGUGCGUGCCAGGCAGGUGUUGAUGCGGGCCCGUCCCAACGAGACUCUCUGGAACAAGCUGAGAAGAAUGCGCCUGGAAAGGAGACCACCUGGCUUCCUGGGGAUGCUCCGGCUCAUUCGGGAGUCAGAGGCAUGGGAGGCCACUCCGACUACUAGCCAGCAGCAGUUUCCGGUGGAAGAAGGGUCCUGGAUAGACAUUGGAGAUUUGCCUGCUUCCGAGGCCCCUCUAGCCUGUGAAGAGGCUCAAGCCGCUCGAGCCUGUGAAGAAGCCCAUGCUGCUCUAGCCCUGGGAGGUGCCCAUGUCUGUCCAGUCUAUAGAGGUGCCCCGGCCGCUGAAGCCUGUGAAGAUGACCAGUACUUUCUAGCCUGUGAAGAGGCCGAGGCCGCUCUUGCCCGUGAACGUGCCCAGGUCGCUCUAGCCUGUGAAUUUGCCCAGGCCGCUCUAGCCCAUGAAGAUGCCCAGGCCUCUCUAGCCUGUGA